GCUUUUAGCUCUUUGUCAUGACACCGCUUCCAGUAUGCACGUGACUGAACACUUAUAUACCACGAGGAGCCACCGCUAUGGAUUCGUCGUUAUCGUCGUCAUCUUCGUGGGUUUUCUGCGAUGUUAAACACGGAAAACGGUAAAGGCAAUUUGGGAGACGGCGGUAGCGUGAUUCAAUCCAACAGGCUCCGCCGUCAGCACGGCUUCCAGCUGCCGUUGCAUCCCCUGCAGCUUACAGGUUGGCUGGCGUUAGCUAUCCUCUCGGGUGGUUCAUUUUUAAUAUUGAUUCCAGCUUUGCCGAUUCACGUCCAACCACCAGUUCUAGCAGUACUAUCUUUAUUGCUGUUACUCCAUCUCACGACUCAUCUGGGCGCUGCAUUGGUCGAUCCCGCCGAAGCAGCAUUGAGAGAAAGAGAACCUGAACCAGUACCACAACUUGAUAGAACAAAAUACGCCCACGUGAUCGAAAGCGGCAACUGUCACUUGUGCCUAAUUCUGAUCAGCGGUCCUAGAACAAAACAUUGCAGCUCCUGUAACAAGUGCGUUGCACGUUUCGAUCAUCAUUGUAAGUGGUUGAAUCAUUGUAUCGGCGCAAGAAAUUACGCACUUUUCGUAAUGUGUGUUUCUACGGCAGUCGCAGCCGCCGCAGUAGUAACGGCGUUAGCCGUCGCUCAAUUAGUUUUGCAUCAUUCCUCGUGGUAUUGGAGUAAUCAGCAAGAAGAAGGGGAUUCAACUACCGACAAAAAGGAUUCAUUUAUACCUGAUAUAAACUCAACAACAUCCUUGCCUCCGUCCUCACUGCCGUCCAGUGAUGCCGCUUUUCUAGCAGUUGUAGCAGCCUUAGGUCUUCUGGCAGCCAUUACAGCUGGCCUAUUGCUGCAUCUGUGCUUUUUUCACAUAUACAUUUCAUUUUUGGGUCUCACCACCUAUGAAUACAUUAGAAAUCAAAGACAGAAUCCAGUUCCUGCUACCAGUUCUCAACAAGAAGAAGUGCAGAUAAAUAAUAACCCAAAUCUCAGACAUAGACCUAUAAAUUUAGGUUGCGGUGAACAGAAAACCAAAACCACGCUAUUUACGUGUACAGUUUUGGAGGAAACUUUCUCAAAUUGUAAUGUCGAACCAACACCAACUCCACCCAGUACUCCACAGGAUUGCCAAUUGUGCGUUAUGUCCAAUAAUUCUAUAGCUCCCGAAAUCAAGCCAGUACAACAAAAAAAAGUUAGAAAAAAGUGGAACUGUUGUGUAUCGGUGCCAGAUAGUCCGGACGAUCCCCAUAGUCCCUCCGAGCCAAAGUGUCUUAUAUCUUUAUGCAAGCACAAAGCGAAAAACAAGAAUCUACCUGCACUAGAAGGAAGAUCUCAUCGAACACACGGGCAUUGGUCGAGUGCUAAAUUAAGAAUGAUAUUUAGGGUGCUGGGUAAUUUGGGACACAAUAAACGAAACCCUAGCCAACCCACGCAACUAACUAGAAACAACCAAGUGGUGCCUAAUUCUGACCAAAUCCUCUCUACUCAACCCAUUCAAACCAUCAACAAUCUAGUACCUGUUACCUAUCCAGAGGUAACUAGAAGAGCUAACACUUUACCAGCUCUUCCAGCCCCGCCCCGUCGUAGACUCAUAAGUGAAACAGAACUGGCAAACGCGCUUUCCGUGUUACAACAGCAACAACAACGUUGCGGAGCCAGAAGGUCUCUUUAUCGUAGAAGGAGAAGGAGCGUCGUCCAUAGACCCAAAACCCCAGCCCUUUCUCCUAUUAGAGAAAGCGGGCUGUCUAAUCCUGCGUCUCCGUCCCGACAAACUUGCACCGUAUCAGCAUUAAGUGGAACUACGGGCAAUCGUCCAUUUUAAAAUGUGAGCUAAAGAAAAUAUUGCAUGGUCAUUUUUUACACUUUAACAAAAGUAAGUUCUCCAAACUAUCCACCACCUUCAAUUCCAAAAUCAAAAUCAAAUAUUUUGCAACCAUAUGAAGGUUAGAAAAUCCUUUAGUGAAAAAUUAUGCAAGUCUCAAUCGAUUUUAAAAAUUGACCUUUCAAUAAUUUCAAUUAACGCAUUGAUGUAUGAAAGUCUAUAUCGCUGGCAUUAAAAACCUCUUGUAACGUCAAACAAUUGUAUUUUUGCUAUCAAAACUUGCAAAAUUCAGUCAAGAUUUUCUUCAUUUUUAUUCCAUUUUGACAUUCAUAUUCGAUCUAUUUGUUAUUCUAAAUUUAUUUCACUCUCAUUACUCUGGUGUAGCUGUUACGAGUAUAGAAAAUAGAAGACAUACAAAACUCACAGACAUCAUAAGCUGUAAGUCAAAAUGGAGAUGGAUAAGUCAUGCUGGAAAUCAAGACAAAGAAUAAUCUAUCAUAAAUAUCACAACAUGGCGGCCAAGAUAGACCAGAAAUAGGAAAAUAACAUUGUAUGCAAAUGACACAAGACAGAAUAAUGGGAAAAACAUUAGAAGAUGUCCAAGAGCAGCAGAUGGAUAACAAUUGAUGAAGAAGAAAAGAUUUUUUGUCUAACGACUACAAGCUACUGAAGUAUGGAAAAUCGAAGGCAACCAAAUAAUAUUUAUCUACAUUGGGUACAAUAAGGGAAAGUGUCUUUAAAAUUAUAGUCACACGGAAAACUAGUAGAUCCUGUAAAAUUAAAAUUUGAAAAUCACUUGAUUUGCCAAAAAAUUAUCAAUAUAUUUUCCAAUAUAAUUAACAAUUAGAUAUUUUUGAUGAUUCAGAAUUAGAUAUAUUUCUUAGACAGUUUUAAAAACAACGUUGAAAUUUAAAAAAAUAUAAUAUCAAGUAGCUCGAAUAUAUCUAUGAAUUAAAAUUUUUCCUGAAUUAGCUGUUGUCAAAUUUGAUAAUGUUUUGCAGAUUGUUACAAUAUUUAUCGACUUGGAAACAACUUUUCAGUUAAUAAAUAAAAAAUACUGCACACUGAAAUAACAAAAAUGAGGGUGCUAAAGACAAAUAUUAAAAGUAACACCUGGGAGCGUAUGAAAUAGAAGACGAAGAUCUCUGGCAAUUAAAGCCAUCACACAUUAUAAACUUUAUAAAAGGAGUGGGAUCAAAAGAUUAGCUGUAAACACAGGGUUCUCCAGUAUCGUAGCAAGAAAGGGGGACACAAUAAAUCCUUUGGGUGGCAGUGUAUACGAGACCCCAAAUUCAUACAUACAUACAAACCGAAUUAAUGUGGAAAUAUAUUGUGUAAACAUAUUAACAUCAACUUAUUAUUCAAUUUAAAAUAAAAAUUUAUACACAGUUUUUUUUUUCAAAUGUUUCUGGGUUGAAAUAAUUUAUUCACUAUUGUAUUGAUUUAUUUAUUAUAAUUUUAGACUUGACACAGAAAAUAGUUUGUAAUUUAAGUAGGAAAUCUGAAACCGUUGGUACUUUUCAUCCUGUUCUCGUUAACCACUACACCAACACUCAAAAUGACACUGUCUGAGUUUCCCUUCAGUCUCUGAAGACGAUAAAUUUGUUAUCGAAACGCGCUUCAGACAGUGUAAUUGUGAGUGUUAAUGUAGUGGUAAUGUAAACAGUGUAUUCAAAUUUUAAUCAAAAGUGCUUUUAAGACUAAUUUUAAUAUAAAAUAUAGGAAGUUUUCAAUUGAGGAUAUUAAAUAUUGUAACACAAUUAAAGAGUUGAAUUGAUGAAUCUUAUAAAACAGAACAUGUUUAUAUAAAAUGUUUUAAAUCAUUUUUUACUCGAUCAAAAUAUAUCAAUGUUUUUGUGUUGAAUUGUUAAUAAAAUUAUAUUUAUUACA